ACCCAUGUUCAAAUCUCAGUCCCAGCUGUCACUGUAAGAAGUAGAAAAGGGGUUCGGCGACAUCGCGUGGCAUCACCAUCGUCGUCUUCCUCCUCGCCUUCUUCUCUGCGUUCCUCGGAGAAAUCGAAAUCGAAAUCGCAACCGCAACCGCAACCGCAAAUGGCGAGAACAUUCUUCGUCGGCGGCAACUGGAAAUGCAAUGGGACGAGCGACGACGUGAAGAAGAUCGUCGGCGUGUUGAACGGAGCCGAAGUUCCUCCCGAAGACGUCGUGGAGGUGGUGGUGAGCCCUCCGUACGUGUUCCUUCCUCUGGUCAAGAGCCUGCUGAGAUCUGAUUUCGGCGUCGCGGCGCAGAACUGUUGGGUCCGCAAAGGCGGCGCCUUCACCGGCGAGAUCAGUGUUGAAAUGCUUGUCAACUUGAACAUUCCUUGGGUCAUCCUCGGUCAUUCUGAAAGGAGACUUCUUUUGAAUGAGUCAAAUGAGUUUGUUGGUGACAAAGUUGCAUACGCGCUAUCUCAAGGCCUGAAAGUGAUUGCCUGUGUUGGGGAGACUCUUGAGCAGCGUGAAUCAGGGUCUACAAUGGCUGUUGUUGCUGCGCAGACUAAAGCAAUUGCAGAGAGAGUUUUGAACUGGGAUAACAUUGUUUUAGCCUAUGAACCUGUUUGGGCCAUUGGGACUGGAAAGGUCGCAACUCCGGCUCAGGCUCAGGAGGUCCAUACAGAAUUGAGAAAAUGGCUACAUGAAAAUACUGGUCCCGAAGUUGCUGCAUCUGUCAGAAUUAUAUAUGGAGGUUCUGUAAAUGGAAAAAACUGCAAAGAAUUGGCGGCCCAGCCAGAUGUGGACGGAUUUCUGGUUGGCGGAGCUUCCUUGAAGCCGGAGUUCAUCGACAUCAUUGCAUCUUCGACAGUGAAGAAGAACAACUAGAGAUCGAAUCAGUAGCCUGUUCAGCCUUACCAUUUGAUGCAUGCUUUCAGGAGAUCGUCCUCGUAGCUUUUUACGCUGUAUCUGGAACUGCGCGGGGCUCCUACUUUCCCGAGCUUUUUAACUGUGCGGAUGACUAAACUUUCAGAUCGAAUAAGGGAUUAAAUGAGAUGACUGAACUGGUUUUUGGCACCCGAUUCUCAAAAUUCUUGCUGCGCAAUCGACUGUUGAAUGCUCUUCCAUGGCAACAUCAUGUAUCUGCAAUGGGAAUGCGAUUAUGCAA